AAAUUUGAUCUGUCCUUUCUUCUUGACACGCUACAGCGGAGGGUGUGAGUAUAAUAGUACAAUAUAAAUACUAUGUUACUCCACAUAUCAUGGAUAAUAUUGACUGUCUUUGGUAUAUUAAUGCUUCCAGUGUACCCUCUUCAGAUACCACCAGAAGAAGGUACAGUAGUAGUUCCACCAGGUGGAAGUGCUAUUUUCAGCUGUUCAUUCACUGCAACUAACAGUCUGAAUCUUACCAACUUAAUCAUAAACUGGCAGCAUGGAGACACGGUGGUCCACAGCUUUUACCUAGGUAGAGAUCAACUAGAGCGUCAGGGACAGAUCUACAAGGGACGGACACGCUUGCUUAUGGAUCAGGUGUUGAAGGGAAACGCAUCACUUUCGCUGAACAAUGUCCAGCAACACCAUCAUGGAGAAUACACCUGCGAUGUUAACAAUGAAACAGGUGAAACCAAAAAGAGGGUACGACUCAUUGUGGCAGCUCCUUACGAAGACCCACAGAUGGCUGUUCACUACACCUGCAACGAUGUAGUUGUUACCCUGUCGUCAUCUCAGGGUUUUCCUGAGCCCACUGUGUCUUGGAAGCAUCCAGUUGGGAGAAAUGUCACAACCACAGAGCUGGACACUAAGGGGUUCUACAGAGUACAGAGCAACCUGACCUUUAGCUUCAACACUACACAGACUGUUAUUGUUGAAAUGAGUCUGGACAUACUCUCUCAACGUUUCAUCAGGGAAAUAACACUUCAUCCCCUACAAGGAUGCCAUGUCAGCCAUCCUGUGCAUAUCAGGAGUAAAGUUCUUCUUAUUCUUACUCUAUUGGUGUAUAUUUUGGUAUUGCUGUUGCUCCUCAUCACAACAGGCAGAGUGAGCACAUCAGAAAAGGAUUCUUCUUCUGCUUCUUCUUCCUCCUCUGUCCUAAAACUGAUUGUGGAGAAGACACUGUAAGGCAUCCAAACACCAUUCUGAAAUAAAGAAGAAGGCUUUUUCUCCCUUCCACAAGAACUCAGCA